UUUCUCAGCCUGCUCUCCCACAAUUCAACAAGCAACAAAGGCAAGGGAGAGAGGAAGAGUCCGUCACAAAGUAUUAGAAAAAAAUGAAAUAAAUAGAUUGUUGUUGAAAAAUUACGAUGCAGCAUAUAAACAGCCGUAGAUAAAAGGGGGAACCAUUGCAACGCACUUUUAUUUUGUUUUGCUAGCUAGAUACGGUAGCUCCUUCCACGAGAUGCUUUUGACUGCUAAGCUAGCUUGCCGACUGGCUAAGCUAAGUAGCUAGCUAGCUAGCUCAGUUCUGUCUUCUAAAAUUUUCAAAUUUCGGUAAAACCCAAUUAAAGUGUACAUUACCACGAAUGCAGAUGGCAAUCUAACGAAGGGAUGAGUGCUGUGCAGUGUAUAUGACCAGCUGUCUCCAGCCUGAUGGGAGGACUCUGUGGAUAGCAGCACCUUCAUCAGGACCCCAGGAGGAGAGCAGCCAUCCCGUCCAAGUCUCAUGCCCCACGCCCCUCCCCUGCCAAGGAGGGCCGUUCAGAAUGAAGAAAAUCAGCCUUAAGACCAUCCGCAAGUCCCUCAACAUCAACAAAGGCAAGGAAGAAGGAGGGGGGGAUUUUGUCAUGCUCCAGCAGCCCUCGCUAGCGGCCGACUUCUCCAAGGAGGACGCUCUUUUCGGGGGCUGCUACAACAAAGACCUGGCGGGCUGCGACCUGGGAGGUGGUGGUGGAGGAGUGGAAGAAGAGGAUAAGGCGGGACACAACAAGGGCCGUUCUAAGAGCGAGAGCCUGAUGGGUUCUCUGAAGAGGAGGCUGUCGGCCAAGCAGAAGGCCAAAGUCAAAGGGGGCUCCACAGCCAUGGGGUCAGCUGAUGACGACGAUACCUUUUCCUCCUCCUCUGUGCCCAUCAGCUUCAACGAGGUCAAGGCCCAGCGGCCGUUACGAUCGGCAUCCCUCCGCAGCCACCAUUACAGCCCCUCUCCCUGGCCCCUGCGGCCUGUGAACUCAGACGAGGCCUGCAUCAAGAUGGAGGUGAAAGCUAAAGCCAUGGUCCACUCCCCGAGCCCCAGCCCAAACCUGAAUGGCGUGCGGAAGGAUUUCCACCACCAGGGUUUCCAGAUGGAGGGCAUCUUCCAUGAGCAGGCCGUGAAGAACCUCCAGGAGCAGGCCGAGUCCCUGAAGAACCUCCAGCAGCCCCAGAAUGGAGACCAGCUGCACCUGAACAUUGACGAACACGUGCCUGUAGUCCUGGGCCUCACGCCGCAGGACUACAUCCAGUACACCAUGCCUUUAGAGGAGGGAAUGUACCCAGAGGGGUCCCACUCUGUCUCCCACUCCUUCUGCCUAGAGGGGUCCUUGCCCAUGGAGGUGGUGACUGAGGCGGACAGUAGCUCUCUCCACCUCCACGCUGACCACCAGAGUCAGGAAGACCAGGAUCUGGUGAGUAUGAACCUGAACCUGUCGGCGGACCUCUUCAUGGAGUCUGUGAAUGGCCUCCUCAUCGGCUCUAAUGGGGUGAUGCUCCAGAGCUCCAGGGACAGGGUCGAUGCCACAACACCCCCCCUCUCUCCCCUCCUGCCCCUGCUAUCCAGCAACGAGAUCCCCAGGACUUGCUCCGGGUUCAGUGGGGUGGACAUCCACGUGGCGGAGCGGGUGAGGCACCACUUGAACUUUGACCCUAACUCUGCUCCGGGCGUGAGCCGGGUGUAUGACUCAGUCCAGAGCAGCGGGCCCAUGGUGGUGACCAGCCUGACUGAGGAGCUGAAGAAGCUAGCCAGGCAGGGUUGGUACUGGGGGCCCAUCACACGCUGGGAGGCUGAGGAGAAGCUGGUCAACCUGCCCGACGGUUCAUUCCUGGUCAGGGACAGCUCGGACGAUAGGUACCUCCUCAGCCUUAGUUUCCGCUCCCAGACCAAGACCCUCCACACCCGCAUCGAACACUCCAACGGACGCUUCAGCUUCUACGAGCAGCCCGACGUGGAGGGACACACGUCCAUCGUGGACCUGAUUGAAUACUCCAUCAAAGAUUCGGAGAACGGAGCCUUCUGUUAUUCUAGAUCUCGCUUACCAGGGUCCGCCACCUACCCCGUCAGGCUGACCAAUCCCGUGUCUCGGUUUAUGCAAGUGCGCUCCCUGCAGUACCUAUGUCGGUUCGUGAUCAGACAGUACACCAGGAUUGACCUGAUUCAGAACUUGCCUUUGCCCAACAAGAUGAAAGACUACCUGCAGGAGAAGCACUACUGACGGGGUUGACACAGACAUGAGAUGGGACAGACAAUGGUAGCAACUUGCACUUUUGGGUUCAGUUUAAGAGAUUUAACAAAGGUUUACAGACAUCCAUCGUUUCGAGAAGAUCGAUUGGGUUCCAUUGUCUCUUUGUUUUUGCCCAGGGAUGUGUCCGAAAUGGAACACUAUUCCGUAUGUAGUGCAGUACCUCUGCCCAAAACACUGGCUAAAAAUAGUGCACUAUAUUGGGAAUAGUGAGCCUGUUCAGAUUUGCCCAAGGUGAUGUUUCUCACUGUCCAGUCCCCCAUUCCACAGUUAAAGGGUUAAGUCAUUGUCGCUCAGACUCAGUUUCUGGCCAAACCUCCAGAGACAUAUCGUUGAAUCUUGUAUAUGAAUCUGUCACAGAAGUACAAAGCAUGAUUAAGUUACAGCAAACAUACUUUAUCAACAGUGAGAUAUGGAGAUCCAAUAUUUCUCUCUCCAGUUGCUGUAGAAGAAUGGAAACGCUAGAAUUGCAAGUUUAGCCUUCUGAAUAACAUAAAUUAUUUUCCUUCUGGCUCAAAUUUACAGAUUUAAAAUAAGGUUUCACUUAACUGGCUUAGGUUUGACAUCUUAAAAGGCUGCAGUGAAGGAAAUGAAAUAAAUAUCUGGGCAGAUUUUAGGGCAUGAUCCUUUUGACGCUUCAUUUAAACAUUUACUUGAAAGAUAUCCAACAACAACGCAGUGGGGCAUAUCUUCGGCAUCUUAAACAAACUGAAGUAGAAGCACUGCAGUAAUGUAAAUCAGAGGCCAAAAGUAUUUUUAAGCAACAACGUAAUUCCUUAAUUUCACAGGGUGAAUUCAACCUUUUUUAUUUGCCAUCCAUCAAGUUGGUUAUUGACAACUGCUUGGGCUAAUAAGAAACGUAAGCUGUGUGUGGGUGUGUGUAGCCUAGACUAUUUGAUCUCGCCCACUAUAAAGGUACUGUUAAAGGAUAGGUAAAAGCUAGUUUAUAUGUCACCAUGCACUUCUACUUAAUAUUUAUGCAUCAGUAUGGGGGCUUUUUACAUGCAAAUACCAGUAAGUAAUGAAUAAUUAACCCGAAGAUAAACAUUUAAAUGCUUCCCUAUUAGGAGUCUGUCACAAAAGCUGCGCUAGGACAAAUUAACAAGUGCCAUGUUCAGUACAGUAUGCUUGGCUCUGCGUGCAGGAACUGCUUUUGAACUGUUAAAUACAGUAGACUGUAGAUACUUAGACCUAUACACAGUGCACAGGAGAGGAAAGUAUAACUGUACAAGUCAAAAGGGAAAGCCACAAAUACAUUGUUGUUUUUACUGCAGCAUUUAUCAGUAAGCUAAUUAAGGAAACAAAAAACGUCUCUUAGUUUUGCCCAGCUGACCCAUUUCUGGUAUAGAAAGUGUCUAAAUGCAGUUCUGGAGCCUUUUUGUGUCAACAUAUGAGCUGGAACCUGGUGAAAGGAAUCUAAAAAAUGGGGCUGAUCUUAGGCCGAGGGAUUUUGGGAAAUGCCAGAAUAGAUUAAAAUUGGAGCCCCUUCCUCAUAUUUGGGAGGGAGUCAGGUCAGUGGUACGUGACAGAAUUCCCAGCACGUAAUGGCACAGUAAUGUCCUGCUCGAUAGAGAAUGAGAUCGAGGCUUUUGUGUGUAGUUUGCCCAAUGAUUUGCUUGAGUGAUGUCACUGAUUGCCAUUGUCACGCUGUCUGUCUCACACUCAUGGCAGUUUUGCAGUUUGACAUUUAAAAAUGUAUCCACUGUCAUAAUUAUUGUCAAUGCUCCCUCCACAGAACAAUGGUAACUUACAUAUUCACAGUCUUGCCAGGCUGUUUGUAUUGGAACAAAGGGAAAAAGCACACAGUAUGCUACACAAGUGCUCUAUAACAUAUACUUUGACAGGGAGUCACAGUUUUACAUACAGUGGGGAGAACAAGUAUUUGAUACACUGCUGAUUUUGCAGGUUUUCCUACUUACAAAGCAUGUA